AUGGCGGCGGCCGCCACGGCCGGCGGGCAGGUGAGCGGGAGCGGCCCCUCCUCUCCCCUCGGCCCGCCCUGGCCGCUCCUGUCCCCGCCCGGCCCCGCCCGGAACGGCGGCCGCCCCGGCUCGUCGCACCCGCACGGGCCCCGCGGCCUGGGCCUCGGCCUCUCGGUCUGGUCGGCAUCGCCACCGCACCCCGAGGCGAGGCGCGCUCCGUCCUCCCCCACCCGGCCUCGGGGCACGGAGCGGCUCGGAUCCUCCGAGAGAGCCGAGGCAGCCCUCCCUGUCCUUCCUAGGCAGCGAGUGGGCCCCGCCGGGGCCGCGCGGUGCUGCGGCGCAGAGCCGGGGCUGACAGGGACGGGGCUCCAGGAUGGGGAGAGGAUGAGAUCUCGCAUAACAGAGUAUCCGAAAUACGAAUCUUUGAGCACAGCCUUCCUGGCUGUGGAACGCGACACCCGGGUUGGUGCUCUCUGCCGUACGUGUGCCUUCCCCAUUGCCACGUCGGCACCCCCCAUCUCCGUGUCCCGCAGUGCCGGGCCCUGGCUUGGGGUGUCUCACAGGUGCUUUUCUCCAGAGAUUACUUGUUGUUGUGGCCGUUUGCACAUGCAGAAAGACAUCUUCCCGACAUCUGCAGUUGACAGCUGGCCGUGCCGAGUCCUGGGCAAAAGGCAGGGUCCCACAGCCACUGUGGGAAAGAAGCGGCCUGCGUGUGCCUGGCUGCCUCUGGCCGGAGAGUGCCACUCGUCCCACACAUUUGCAAUAGAAAAACAGCUGAAGAUUUGUGGCUAUAAGAGCAGUGUGGAUGUCGUGGCACUGUAUCUGGCUAGUCAAGGACUAAGAAGUAUCCCAAGUCUAUCACAGUUUCGCAGAUUAAGGUAUUUGUGGAUUAACAACAAUAAGAUCCAAGAUUUAACCUUCUUGAUCAAAAACUAUUACUUGACUGAACUAUAUCUCAACAAUAAUGAGCUGACAGAUAUAUCAGGUGCUCUGAAACACUUAUGUUCAUUACAGAUUCUGUUUCUUCACAACAACGAGUUAAAAAAACUUGGCAAAACAGUGAAGGAAUUGAAAGGAAUGAUAAGCUUGCAGACUCUAAACCUAUUCCAAAACCCUCUGGCAUAUGAUCCAGACUACCGGCUUUAUGUGAUAUACUUCCUUCCUUCAGUUCAGCUCCUUGACAGGAAGCUAGUUACAGAAAGAGAAAGAGAGUCAGCACUUCAUCUCUAUAACCCCAAAAGGGCUUGGGUGAUGCAGUCAAUAGCUUUUGGGAAGAGAGCGGACACAUCCCUGGGGACUACGGUGGGAUCUGGCAGAUGCACUCAACCAGCCAGAAGACCGAUAAUGCCCUCAGGUCAUGAAUUUGGAAAUAACACUAAUAAAGUACCAUUUGAGGACCCUGAAGAUGCAGUUUUAGUACGGGCAACGACAAGAUCUCUAAUGGAAUUUUCCUCUGUGGACUGGAACAAAGUAGCCACCUGUCAAGAAAGGCAGCUUAAAAGCAAAGCAGAAGAGCCCCUUGAGAAGCUGACAGUCCAGUUUAGAUGAAAAAAACCUACUUCUCUCUCUAAUGUUAACCCCAUAAGUAGGUUAACAGCUCAAUAAAACAAGUACACAACAACACUCAUCUAAUUAAGUGAAUUUUCAGAAAAAAAAGUUAAUGUAACAUUUCUUUUAUCACAUAUUUUAUAGAGUGAAGAAAUUAAGAUAACAAAUGAUAAACAGUGGCAAUGUUAUAAUAAAAGUUGCUUGAAAU